AUGCCACACAUCUACAAUGCCGUUAAGUUAGACUUCAAGGCUGUGCUCUUGAGGCUGAAACGGAGCACUCUCAAGUCUCUUAGUGAGUUGGGGGGGCGGGGAACUCUGUUCAAUAAUCUGGAGCUCCAUUUCUUCCUGAGGCGAUAAUUAGCUUCUCUCUUCAUUGCAGAUGGUGAUGAAUGGGAAGGGAAGAACAAGGGGGACCACAACAGAAUCCACAUAUUGGAGAAAUCAAAUAAAUAUUCAGAGUAUGGAGAGAACAUCGACCAGAGCUCCCAGUCCACCUCCCAUCAACGAAAGAGCUUCAUUCGGAGGGAUAGCCUCACUUCACAUGAAAGAAUUCACAGAGGAGAGAAAUUGUAUCACUGCAGAGAAUGUGGAAAGAGCUUCAGUCGAAAGGAUCAUCUAACUUCCCAUCAAAAAGUUCAUAUGGGGGAGAAACCCUAUCAGUGCUUAGAAUGUGGAAUGAGCUUUAAUCAAAGCUCACAACUCACUUCUCAUCACAGAAUUCAUACAGGGGAGAAACCCUAUCAGUGCCUGGAAUGUGAAAAGAGCUUCAGUCACAGGCAGAGUCUCACUUCCCAUCAAAGAAUCCAUACAGGGGAGAAACCCUAUAAGUGCCUGGAAUGUGGAAAGAGCUUCAGUCACAGGCAGAGUCUCACUUCCCAUCAAAUAAUUCAUUCAGGGGAGAAAUCCUUUCAGUGCUUGGAAUGUGGAAAAAGCUUCAGUCAGAGGCAGGGUCUCACUUCCCAUCAAAGAAUUCAUACAGGGAAGAAACCAUAUCAGUGCUUUGAAUGUGGGAAGAGCUUCAGUUGCAGCUCAAGAGUCACUUCCCAUCAAAGAAUUCAUACAGGGGAGAAACCCUAUCAGUGCUUGGAAUGUGGGAAGAGCUUCAGUCGAAAGGACAGUCUCACUUUGCAUCAAAGAAUACAUACAGGGGAGAAAUCCUAUCAGUGCUUAGAAUGUGGGAAGAGCUUCAGUGAAAAGUCCAGUCUCACUUUGCAUCAAAGAAUACAUACAGGGGAGAAACCCUAUCAGUGCUUGGAAUGUGGGAAGAGCUUCAGUCAGAGCAGCAAUCUCUCUUCCCAUCAAAAAAUUCAUAAAGGGGAGAAACCCUAUAAGUGCUUGGAAUGUGGGAAGGGCUUCAGUCGAAAGGACAGUCUCACUUUGCAUCAAAGAAUCCAUACAGGGAGAAACCGUAUCAGUGCUUGGAAUGUGGAAAGAGCUUCAGUCACAAUCGGAGUCUCUCUUCCCAUCAAAAUGUUCAUACAGGAGUGAAACCACAUCAGUGCUUGGAAUGUGGAAAGAGCUUCAGUGAAAGCAGCAUUCUCACUUUGCAUCAAAGAAUCCAUACAGGGGAGAAACCCUAUGAGUGCUUUGAAUGUGGGAAGAGCUUCAGUCAAAGCCCCCAUCUCAUAAUCCAUAAAAGAAUCCAUACAGGGGAGAAACCAUAUCGGUGCUUGGAAUGCGGAAAGAGCUUCAGUCAACGCCCCCAUCUCCUAAUCCAUAAAAGAAUCCAUACAGGGCAGAAACCAUAUCAGUGCUUGGAUUGUGGAAAAAGCUUCAGUCACAGCCAGAGUCUCACUUCCCAUCAAAAAGUUCAUACAGGGGAGAAACCACAUCGGUGCUUGGAUUGUGGAAAAAGCUUCAGUCACAGGCAACAUCUCACUUCCCAUCAAAGAAUUCAUUCAGGGGAGAAACCAUAUCAGUGCUUGGAUUGUGGAAAAAGCUUCAGUCACAGCCAGAGUCUCACUUCCCAUCAAAUAAUUCAUACAGGAGAGAAAACUUCUUAG